CCGCGAACCGCCGCGCCGUCGGAGCAGGAGCGCCGAGCGCCCGGGCUCCGAGAGCGCCCGGCUGGUUACUAGGCCGCGGGCACCCGGCUUCGGCGCGCAAAGCCCCACCGCGCGUCCCGCUGUCGCCCAGCCUCCCACGCCGCGCCCCGAGCCCCAGGAAGGUGCCAUGAGGAGCGCGCCGAGCCGGUGCGCUGGGGCCCGUGUCCUGGUCCUGGCCGGCCUCUGGCUGGCUGCAGCCGGGCGCCCCCUAGCUUUCUCGGACGCGGGGCCGCACGUGCACUACGGCUGGGGAGAGCCCAUCCGCCUGCGGCACCUGUACACCGGCGGACCCCACGGCCUCUGCAGCUGCUUCCUGCGCAUUCGCGCCGACGGCGCCGUGGACUGCGCGCGGGGCCAGAGCGCGCACAGUUUAGUGGAGAUCAGGGCAGUCGCUCUGCGGACCGUGGCCAUCAAGGGUGUGCGCAGCGUCCGGUAUCUCUGCAUGGGCGCCGACGGCAGGAUGCAAGGGCUGCCUCAGUACUCGGCCGAGGACUGUGCCUUUGAGGAGGAGAUCCGCCCUGAUGGCUACAAUGUGUACCAGUCCAAGAAGCACCAUCUCCCCGUCUCUCUGAGCAGCGCCAAGCAGAGGCAGCUGUACAAGGCCAGGGGCUUUCUGCCCCUGUCCCACUUCCUGCCCAUGCUUCCCAGGAGCCCAGAGGAGCCUGCAGACGUGCAGGACCCCUCGGAGCCUGACAUGUUCUCUUCGCCCUUGGAAACAGACAGCAUGGACCCUUUUGGGAUUGCCACCAACCUGGGACUGGUGAAGAGUCCCAGCUUUCAGAAAUAACUGAGGCUCCGGUGUCCCCACGGCCCCUGGAGGCCAGGCCUCCUGGCCUGUGGUGCUGGCAGAGUGAGCUCUGACUGGGCUUCUCCAAGUACAAUCCUGGGUUCGUGUUCUCUUUAGCUUUAGGAAGAAACGUUUAGUACAUACACGAAGUUUUACAUUGGCUGCGCCAGUUCCUAACAGAUAGACUUGUGUGAUGCUACGAUUGCGAGCCCUCCAUCCACCUGCUUGACGGCUACCUACCCCAGGUCCCGCUCCCGCACCUGUGCCACUGCCGGAUACGUUGCAGUGUGGCCCUGUUCUGCUUGAGUACCCCCACCAGUGGGGAACGCACCACCUUUGGGAAAGUUCUUGUGCCAAGCCAAAAUUCUCUGUGGUUUCCUCUCCCGCCCUCAGCAGGAGCAGCCAGAAGAAAAGCAGGCAUUUAAAACUCACGUACAGGUGAUCGGCUUUGCGAAACCUCACAUAGAUUCAACUCGACUGCAUGUGAGCUUUAAUCCACAGUCACAACUCCAGGGGACCCCAUCCGUACUCCCUCGCAGCCCAGCCCAGCAGGCCCCUGCAGCCUGGGGAGGGAUUGAGAAUGCCCUGCUGGGCCUGAUUCUGCUCCUGCUGGCCGGAUUACUUGACAGUAUGCCCUGGGCAGGUCGGGCAGCUCACUGGCUCCCUCUAGCCCUUGCCGGGCUCAGAACGGCUUCCCUCAGGUGAGCAGCCGCACUGCCCCCAUGGCCACCUGCUAGAGGGACCAGACGUGAACAGCUCCAAUCCUAGCAGCCCUUCCGCACCGUGGGGACUUCGGUUUCCGAUCUGCUCGGGUGGUGUGGAUUUCACGAGGGCCCUUGGAGGUGGAACCCCAGAGGUCUGCCCCCCUCCUAGUUCUCCCACCUCAUGUUGGGGGCCUGGCUUCCCCCCCUUAAGCGCUGUGGAUAUUGACCGCAAAAGAGCAGAUGCCGUCUUCUGAGUCUGCUUCCAUCUCCCCUGUCACAAAGUCCCCCUGUGCGUUGGGACCACCUCCGCAGGGAAGCACACAUUUCCUUCAAAGCCAGAAAAGGGGAGAUUUGAAAGCCCCCAGUUUGCCGGUAACUUGUGAAAACAGCCGGGGAGAUGGGGUCUUUUCCCAGCACUUAGCUUCCAACGUGGUAUUUAUGAGUAAUUUAUUUUGUUUGAUAUGUAUCUUUUUAUUUUCUUAACUUUAUUUA